AUGAGCCUGCCACACACUCCCCAGGAGGAGUUCACCCUGCAGGAUACUAAACCGAUUCCUGAAGGCUCAAUGGCCGUCAACGACUUCUGCGCUUGGAGUCAGGCGGCUAGCAUAUGGGUACAAAACGCGGUUGUCACCGAUAUGGCUUGGUGGGCAGAAAACGACACAUUGCUGAAGCACCAGUUCAUCAUCCUCCGUCUCGCAUAUAACCCGCUCAACGCCAGUCCCAAUGCCAUGCCUCUAUUCUACGACAUCAAAAUUGAGCGGCUCGGGAAACACUUUCCGAGUUUUUCGAUGCGGGCGUCGGAUGUUGUGACCAUUCAGCGCACUCGACAUCCAUGGGACUCCAAAUUCCUCCCCGACCACACACUAUUCUUUGCGCUUGGAUCACAUCUGAGCUUCGUGUUCCCAACCACUCGACAUUCGGAAGACCAAUCAUUGCAUCCAGCAACUGCUUCUGACUAUUUGCUGCCGUUGACCCAAGGCAUCUCCGUGAAGCAGCGGCAAGAGAUGGUGGAAGAAAAGACGUGGAGCAAGCAUGACCCGUCUUCUACCGGGCACGUAUUUCGUUUCCUUCACCAUGAAGAAAGGCGGAAUGGCAUUCUUAUGUACCUCCGUCUUAUCCGCAUUAUAGCAACAGUAAUGGUCUGCGCUAUAACGGCCGCCCUGGCCUAUGCGUUCUUUCGCUUGGCUCGGAUUCCUGCUGCUCACAAUAAGCUGGGUACCGUUGUCGCCAUGACUGUUCUAUGGCCGCUGCUGGCUCUCUGCUUUCUCGUUCCCUUGGUUGUUUUUGCGGCUCGGAACGCUGUCACCAUUCUCACGCAAUGGCAAAUUCGGAGGAAGAUGGAGUCUCUUAUAAAGGAUCUCGGCAGCACAGACUACAUACCACCGCUACUCCCAAUCAAGCUCAAAUACCGACAAAUGAAAGGCUUCCCUGCGAGUCGAAAAUACCGCGUAGCAGUUUACUUCAUUUCCGAGAAAAAGCCAUGGUCAUCGUUCUCAGCCCUCCGCGCCAAAAUCGAGCAACUGGCGGCCGUCGCCAACCUCGACGAUUUGACACCAGGUGAUGUCUUGCGGGAGGGUCUGUGCUCGCAACUCGUUCAUGGCUGUGUCACAAGUGGGAGACUUGUGAACGUCACUCGCUACCUUCGUCUUUUGAUCUCAGUUGUGGAGUACUCUCCCGAUGGCGCGAAUGCUGUCGUCGACGCUGGGAUUCUCCUGUUUGUCGGUCCCUUGAUGCGGUCUCUCGGACCCGAAGUUAGGGUUUUGACGGAUUGCCUUCUGGACAAGCUGGCUGGUUAUCCUGAGACGGCCUCGUCAACUGAGUCAAGUCGCCGAUGUGCGGCUUUGGUGGGAGGGAUUGCGAUUCCUGAGAUUUGA